AAAAGAAAGGCUAAGGUCCAGGUUACGCACCACUGCUUUGUGAUAAACUUCUAUAUUCAAGCACAUUGUCAUAAGAUGGGAAUGCUGUCACUACUACUACUGUUUCUUGCAUUCAUUGUUGCAAUCUCCGGUGGAUCAGAAGUCGGAGAUCUUCGCAAAAUUCACUCUCUCCGGCCACAGUUCGGUGCAGCCGGAACUCCUGUUCCUGGCUUAUCUUGCCUGAGUUGGCGACUCGGCGUCGAAGCUCACAAUAUCAUUGAAUGGAGAACGAUACCACAGGUCUGCGAAGAUUACUUGGGGCAUUACAUGAUCGGUCACCAAUACAAGAAAGAUUCAGAAGCUGUUGCAAAAGAAGCUUUUGUCUAUGCACAGAGCCUCAAACUGGCUAAAGAUGGCAAGGAUAUAUGGGUUUUUGACAUUGAUGAGACUGCACUCUCUAAUCUGCCUUACUAUGCAGAUCAUGGAUUUGGGUACGUAUAAACAAUAUGAUACUUCUCUCUCUCUCUCUCUCU